AGAUGAGCGGAGAAACAAGAAACGACAAAAAGAAACAAGAAGAAGAAACGUGAAGAGCAGACAAGAAGAAGAAACGUGAAUACGAAGAAACGGGAACAAGAAGAAGCAAAAGUGUUCUGGUGGACAUGAACUUAUCUCUGCUGCUCCUGGUCCUCAUUUGGACCGUUUGUGCGGCCCGGUCUCCUUACCAGGCGGUGCUACAACACAGCCGGAUCCGAGGACGCCAACAAGGGCCGAAUGUGUGCGCCAUGCAGCAGGUGAAAGGCACCAACAAGAAAUACUUCACCAACUGCAAGCAGUGGUACCAUCGCAAGAUCUGCAACAAGCCCACUGUGAUCACCUACGAAUGUUGUCCAGGUUAUGAGAAGAUUCCUGGAGAGAGGGGCUGCCCUGCAGCUCUGCCUCUGGUAAACAUCUACAACACGUUGGGGGCGGUGGGGGCCACCACCACUCAGAUGUACUCCGAGCGGGCCAAACUGAAGGAGGAGAUCGAAGGUCCCGGAAGUUUCACCUUCUUUGCUCCGAGCAACGAGGCCUGGGCAGCGCUCCCCACGGAAAUCUUGGAUGCUUUGGUGAGCAACGUCAACAUCGAACUCCUCAACGCUCUCCACUAUCACAUGAUCAACCGCAGGCUGACCUCAGAGGAGCUCAAACACGGAUCCUCCUUCACCUCCAUGUACCAAGACUUCCAUGUUCACGUGCAUCACUACUCCAACGGGAUUGUGACGGUGAACUGCGCUCGACUGAUCAAACCCGAUCAACACGCCACCAACGGUAUCGUGCACGUGGUCGACCGCGUCAUCACCGCCAUUUCCAACAACGUGCACAUGCUCAUCGACGUUGACGAUGACCUGGAGACGUUGCGUACGGCCAUCGCUGCCGCCGGUUUGACCAAUAUUUUGGAGAACGAGGGUCAGUACACCAUCUUUGCUCCCACCAACGAAGCCUUCGAGAAGAUCCCACCAGAGACCUUGAAUAGAAUCCUCGGAGAUCCUGUGUCUCUUCGAGACCUGCUCAACUAUCACAUCCUGAAGAACAUGCGCUGUGCUGAGUCCAUCGUCUCGGGGACGCCGAUGGAGACGCUGCAGGGCACAGUUUUGGAAGUCGGAUGUGACGGAGACGAGAUGACUCUGAAUGGAAAGGCCAUUAUCACCAAGAAGGACCAGCUCGGGACCAACGGGGUCAUCCACUACAUCAACGAACUGCUCAUACCCGACUCAGCAAAAACUCUGCUGGAGCUCACUGAAAGCUCCAAUGUUGCUACGGCGACCAGAAUGUUUGUUGAGGCCGGUCUCGGUCCCCAGCUGAAGGGCUCCGAACCUUUGACCGUGCUGGCACCCCUGGACGACGCCUUCAGUGGAAGUAUGAUCACAAUGACCGACAAGAGGAAGGUGAUGAACAAUCAUAUCGUUAAGGAGCAGCUGUCAUCCAAGUCCUUGUAUCAUAAUCAGGAGUUGGAGACGCUGGGAGGCAUUAAACUUCGAGUGUUUGUCUACAGAAAUAACUUGUGCAUUGAGAACGCUUGCCUCGCGGCCCACGACAAGACCGGACGCUAUGGUACCAUGUUCACCGUGGACAAAGUCAUCACGCCACCCAUGGGAACGGUCAUGGAUGUCUUGAAGGCAGACGACCGCUUCAGCAUUCUGGUCGGUGCCAUCCAGACAGCCGGAAUGACGGAGCUGCUCAACCAGCCCGGAGCGUUGACCUUCUUCGCUCCCACCAACGAUGCCUUUAACGCUGUGCCGCAAUCGGAAGCCAGCAGGUUGUUGCGAAACCGCCAGCAGCUGUCAUCCAUGCUCAGGUACCAUCUGGGUGAGGGGAUGCUAGUCAGUGGGGGGGUCAGCUCUCACACCAGGGUCAAACCUCUGCAGGGUGACAAGUUGGAGCUGGGCGUGAAAAACUACACCGUCUAUGUCAAUCGAGUGGCGGUGGCACACGCGGACCUGAUGGCUACCAACGGCGUCGUUCACGGCGUCAACAGCAUUAUCAAGCCGUUGCCUCCCAAGGUCGACCGGGAACAAGCUGACGGGCCGGCAGCUGCCUCGUACAGGCAAUCAGACUUCGGGAGCUUCAGGAAUGAUGCCCUUUUCCAGAAAGUCGUCCAAAGUCGCUCCAGCAAGCCCAUGAACAGCAGUCCGUGACAUGGCAGUGUUCGGAAUUCAGCCAAAAACCAGUGAAGAUGUUCAAAACGUCAACAUCUGAAUUCAUGUCACUGCAGCUUCACUUGAAAGUUCUUUCAUAGUUGUCUUUCAUCGUGGAAUCAUCUGCUUCGUUCUGCCUCCGACAGACCCGUUUCUUAGAAUACAGUGUCACACUGAGCGCACUUGCCACCCCCCGCACAUCGUAAAAACAAUAAACAGUACGUUAGAAAAGCAUUAAAAAUGAACAACAGCGGUACCCGUGGUUGAGGACCACUGCUUUAAAACCAGAAAAACUCAGCAACACUCACCACAUUCUUUGCUUCGUAGCAUUGUUGCUAACUCGUCAGCAACAAGCUAUAGCAUGCGCUUUGCUAGCUCAUUCACUAACAACAACAUUGUCAAUUCAAAUAAAGUUUUCCAGCUUUGUAAGUGUUGAUAAAGGGAAAACUGCCAACCAUAUUUGUUGCCCGCUGGAAAAACGUCUUGUCUUUUUUGUCAAUUGUUUUUGCGGAUGUCAAGCUAGCCUUCUAAAGUGUUUUUGUAAAAUAAAGCCGGAGUAAAAAAUGGAAAUUUGAAUGUUGAUAUCAGUGAUUUACGAUUCCAAACUUCACUUGGUCAUCAGCUGAUGUGAUGGGUUUGAAUCGCAAUGUGGAGUAUGUGCAAUACACCAACUUCCCCACUCGGUGGCGCAACAACACUGGGCUGUCAGUGAUCAUUCACUCACAUUCAUACCAUCGCCAAUUAACCCACGCACAGGGAGAACACGUAAACUGCACACAGAGAUGCCCAAACGGAGACUCGAACCCAGGUCUGACUAUGCUACUAAAAUAACAUUAUUUUUCCUCAUAACAUGA